AUGUUCCUACUCUACCUGAUCGCUGUGACGGCUGUGGUACUGGCGACUUCCACGCUCUGCCUAGGUUGGGAGGGCGAAGAAGUCCUGGGCGCUAAGCAGGUGGGAAGCACAAUCAGCCAGAUGAUAAACACACAUGUACCUCUUUGCUACCUCGUCUUCCUGAGCACACAACCCAACUCAUUCAUACUCUCAACUGUUAAAAGGCAGAUCAUGGCUGACUAUGUGACGAUGGAUGCCUCAGCGUCUCCCGAUCAGCUCUCCCAGGCGUUACAAGGCGACUACACCACUACAUGUCGAGCUCUUAUCCUCCAUUUAGGCAACCGCGACGCCACAGGUCUAGUUCUUGGUUUGCUUGAGCAGGCAGGAGUGUCGAGCCUGCCAGAGAUGUGGUUUGGGCCGUGGGCAGGAAUACCAGUGUGGAAGAUGUUCUCCUUCAUCCAAGUCUUCGCAACACUGUUCGCAUCUUCUACCUGGCUCUUCCAUACAAAUAGCACAUCAUCGGAAAGCCAGCAGGUCUCCCUGUACAGCCGCUGUCUGUACUGUAACUCAGGCAAGCCCAGCGUGUUUCUGGUCUUCCGUGGUAACAUUACGGCGCUUCAGAAACAACAAACUCUUGAGACUUUUCCCAAGCAGUUCCAGGACUUCCACAGGCACACACUGCGGAUAGUUGCUUGUUCCUGGUUCCCCUUCAUUGACUUCACCAAGGGCAGUGGGUCACCGGGCUCCACAAUUACUCUGAGGGACUCCUUGGACGCGCGGACCUUGAAAGCGCUCUCCUCAAAAUUAAACUUUACGUACGCAUGCAUUUUUGUUCAGCUAGCAGACUUAGCAUUGGUGUGCAAAGAUAAGCACAUAAACUCAGAGAAGCUGGAGGAAACAGUCAGGCUUAUACGUGGCAGUCCCUACAUGACACAUUUCUGCCCAUUUCCAUUUAUCUUCAUUCGAGUAAUGGAAUCGGCCAACAGGUAUGCAGUCCACGCUGAACCCACUGGAUCUUGGGGCAUUGAGAAAGAAGGCAAGUUUAGUGGCAUGAUGGGACAGCUGCAGCGAGAGGAGAGUGACGUGAGCACCUCGGCAGCUCCAACGCCCGAGAGGAACAAGUAUCUGGAACUCAUCAGAUCCUAUCCAGCAGACCCAAUGAAGCUCGUGUCUCUUAAACCUUCCCCACUUCCCCACGCCACGGCGCCUGUCAGACCUUUCUCAGGCGAGGUGUGGGUGAGCGUAGUGGUGGGGGUUGUGGUGUGGGGCGUCAUGCUGUGGCUGCUGCAGGUGACAUGGGAUAGUGUCACGGGACAGCGAAAUGCAUCCUUCAUCACAGUGCUUCUCUACGGCUGGGGGGCCCUCCUUGAACAGCCGCCCCAAGUGCCUUCAGUUACCGUUUCUGGACAGAUGUUGGUGGGGUGGUGGCUGGUGUAUACCAUGGUCAUCGUGGCGGCCUUCCGGUCUUCCUUCAUCGCUCAUCUCACAGUUCAGAGUACAACCAAACCAGUGGAAACUUUGGAGGAGUUGGUCAAACAAAAGAACUGGGGAUGGAGUCUGGAGAAGAAAUUUUUCAAAGGCGCUGUGUAUGACUACUUCACGAAACACACUCUUCCUGAAGUGAAAGAAAUGAUGUCUAAAGUAGAGUUCCGGGACACGGAUAACGCCUUAGAGAGGAUACUUGAAGGAGGCUACACUCAUAUUGCCUUUGACAAGUAUAUUUCUGUUAUCAUUGCUUCUCGCUACACGGAUGCUCAAGGACGCACGCCUUACUACAUCGGCACUAAGAACAUCCCGGUGCUUGUGUAUACGGGACUUGUUCUGAGGAAAGGAGUGCCGUUUUACCACCACUUCCAAUGGGUGAUAAACCAGCUGGAAGACGGCGGCAUACUGGCACAGUGGACCGCUGAGGUGAUGGCACAACGCAUUAAGGAAAACAGGAAGAAACUCAACAGCAGCCAGCAGGAAUCUAAAACCGUUGUAUCGCAGGAGGAGAAGGGCGUUGUUCUUGGGCUGGAUCACGUGCAGGGAGGCUUUUACCUGCUGUUCCUGGGCUGCAGCUUGGGCCUUCUUUCUCUUCUAGGAGAGAUCACUCAUAAUAAUCUUAAGAAACACCAGUGAUAUAUAAUUACGUCUACUUUGGCUUUGCUGUAUGUGUUUGGUUGGACAGUUGGAGGUGUUCUUGUUUAUACAGUUUUCCCUCAUCAUUUGUGAUUCUAAAACACACGAUGGUUUCACUUACCUACAUUGCAGCUUGUGUUGUAAUGCAUGUAUACAACCAGCCAAGGCAGUUAAUGUUUCUUUACUGGCUGUUCACAAUGUAGCACCACUGUCAGGACCCAUGCCAAUGUAUUAUGUUCAUGGCUGUGUUUGUACCCUUGUCCAGAGAGAGAGAGAGAGAGAGAGAGAGUACUUUCACAAUAUGUAUUGUCCUUCAUUAAUAUAUCAAGAAGGACAGCUGGUAACUUGUGGUCAUCUCACCAACUUAUAAAUGUUAAAAUAAAUAAAGAUAUGUUUUCAAGACAGCUAGAAAAAUAGAUAAAAUGCAAAGAUUCUCUCUAUAACAAAAAUAAUAGUCAUGCUGUUUUAACACAAUAUGAUGAUAAAAAAAAUAAGCCACUGAAAUUAGAAACUAGUAAUAUAUGUUGUAAACUCUAGGGAUUUUCUUUCUGAAUUAUUUAAACAACUCAUCUCCAUUAUAGUCAUAUUUUCUAGUUUUCUAUAAAAAAUUAUUUUGGUUACAAAAAUGAGUUUGUUCAUUACAUGCCAUUAACACUGAUGUUAUAUACUCAAAAGCAAUACAUGGCCACAAAAAUACAAUAUUGGCAAAUACACUUU